ACGCCAAUACCUCAACGAUAAGAGAGGAAAGGAGAGAGAGAGAGUGAAGGGAUCUGUGGGUUGUUAGGGUUAGGGUUGAGCGAUUUGCCGUCACAGAAACAAUGGGGGAGAGGAUCACUGGCAAGGUGAAGUGGUUCAGCGACCAGAAGGGUUACGGCUUCAUCACCCCCGAUGACGGCGGCGAAGAUCUCUUUGUCCACCAGUCCUCGAUCCGAUCUGAUGGCUUCCGCAGCCUCUCCGAGGGAGAGACCGUCGAGUUCCAGAUCGAGGCCGACGGCAACCGCACCAAGGCUGUCGACGUGACCGGCCCCGAUGGCGCCUCUGUCCAGGGCAGCACCCGCGGCGGUGGCGGCAAGGGAGGAGGCUACGGUGGAGGCAGCUACGGGGGCGGCAGCUACGGGGGCAGCUACGGCGGCCGCAGUAGCCGAGGAGGUGGUGGUGGUGGCUAUGGCGGCGGGUACGGCGGACGCGGAGGUGGAGGCGGCGGCGGGGGCUGCUUCAAGUGUGGGGAGGAAGGACACAUGGCGAGGGACUGCUACCAGGGCGGCGGCGGCGGCGGAGGUGGAGGAAGGUAUGGUGGCUCCGGCGGCGGGGGCGGGGGCGGGGGCGGGGGCGGGGGCGGGGGCGGGGGCGGGAACUGCUUCAAGUGCGGCGAGCCGGGCCACUUCGCCCGCGAGUGCACUCAGGCUGCCAACUGAGACUAAUCAAUGGGCAGUAGCAGCAGCAGCAGUAGCAGCUGCAGCCUGCAAGUAGUAGUGUGGCUUUUGAUUUGAUGGAACUUUUCUUUUUCUUUUUUUGCGGUUUUGCCCUUCGUUUUGAUCGAUCGUUAUAGCCUUUUCUGGGUUGUUUCGAGAACUUCUACAUUCGCGUGUUCCGGUUUUGUUAAUCGAUGUCGAAAUCAAAUGGCAUGGUGUUGAUGUUUCCGCUUUUAGGUAGAUUUGAGGAGAUGAGGUUUGGAUCUUUGAUCGCUCUUCUCUGUAAGUGUUCAUAGAGGCAACGCAAAUAUCUAUACAUGCUCGUUUUGAUUCGAUUCGA